AGAAUUGUUUUAAAUUAAUUAGUUGAAAAAAUGAAACGAAUCUGUAUAGUUGGAGCUGGUACAGCGGGUCUCUGUGCGGCACGCAGAGCUUUAGAAGAUGGUUUUCAAGUUACCAUCUACGAACAGACAAAUAGUGUAGGCGGUACAUGGGUAUAUACGGAUCAAAUUGGUAAAGAUGAGUAUGGCAUUGAUGUUCAUAGCAGCAUGUAUCAGGGACUAAGAACAAAUCUACCCAAAGAGGUAAUGGGCUAUCCAGACUUUCCCAUAGAACGCUCUGAAGAAUCAUAUGUGCCAUCACAAGUUAUAGAGAAAUUUUUAAAUGAUUAUUGCAAAGCACACAAUUUGCUGCAACAUAUAAAAUUUUUGCAUUAUGUUAUAAGAAUAUCACCAACAAGAUGUGAUAAAUGGCAGGUGAUAGUGAAAAAUUUAAAAACACAAGCGGUAGAUUUUCUAUCGUACGAUUAUGUUCUAGUAUGCAAUGGUCACUAUCAUACGCCAUCGUAUCCCAGCAUUAAAGGAUCAAAUACAUUUACCGGAUUACAAAUUCACAGUCAUGAUUAUAAAAAUGCUAAUAGAUUUAAAGAUGAAACCGUACUAAUCAUUGGAGCCGGUCCCAGUGGCAUGGAUUUAUGUAAUGAAAUAUCAAAAGUAGCAAAAAAAGUAACACUCAGUCAUCAUAUGGCCGAGACACCCAAGACAAAGUUCAAAUCAAAUGUUAAUCAAAAACCUGAUGUAUCUCAUAUUGAAGGUGAUACAAUAUAUUUCAAAGAUACGUCUAGUGAUCAAUAUACGAUAGUGUUCUAUUGCACCGGCUAUAAAUAUGCCUUUCCAUUUUUAUCUAUGGAUUGUGGCAUUUAUGUUGAUGAUAAUUAUGUUAAAGAUCUAUAUAAACAUUGUAUUAAUAUACGUCAUCCGACGAUGGCAUUUAUUGGUAUACCAUAUUAUGUUUGUGCAGCUCAAAUGAUGGAUUUACAGGCAAGAUUCGUUUUGACCUAUUGGACGGGUAGACAGAAUUUACCCAGCCAAAGUGAAAUGUUAGAGGAUACUGAAAGUAAAAUGCAACAACGUUUUGCCAAGGGUCUUAGAAAACGUCAGGCGCAUAUGAUGGGUGAGGAACAGGGUUUUUACUAUGAUGAUUUAGCCGAAACGGCUCAUAUUGAAAAUAUUAAACCUGUAAUGACCGCUUUGCAUAAUGAAAGCAGUCGAAGAUUUUUAGAUGAUUUACUGCAUUUUCGUGAAGAUAUAUUUCGAAUUGUUGAUGAUAAAAAAUUUGUUAAAAUCAACUAGUUACAAACGUUUUAUAAUGACUAUCAAAAGCAAUAAAUAAACAGAUAUUAAAUUUUA